AUGGUUGCCAUUCAAUGGGGUGCUCUCGCCGCCCGGGCUCUCUUUUUCACAUCCACCCAUCCCCACCAACAUGCGGUGGACAACAGCGCCUAUCCCAAAAACGCACAAGAUGCUGCCAAGGCGCUCCAAGAGUGGUAUGACCAACCGUCGGGUCUCUGGAAAACAACGGGCUGGUGGAACAGCGCCAACUGCCUCACGGUUUUGGGCGACUUGGCUUUGGCAGACGAUGCCGUCGGCCAAGCUAUAGGGAUAAAAGACAUCUUCCAGAACACCUUCUACAAUGCGCAAAAGACGGUCGCGACGGCGGACAAGCUGCUUGGGAAAACCGGAAUGUUUAUCUCGACGUACAAGUACGAAGAGCACAAGCACAAAUCAUCAAGAAAACGAAAGGCGCAGGGCUUCCCUAAAUUCCUCAACAACUUUUAUGACGACGAGGGCUGGUGGGGACUGGCGCUGGUCCGGGGAUGGGACGCAACAGGCGAUGCCGCAAUGCUGACCGCUGCGCAGACCAUCUUUGAUGAUAUGGCGGAGAAUGGCAUCGACUCGACAUGCGGAGGAGGCAUCUGGUGGAGCAAAGACAAGAAAUACAAGAACGCCAUUGCAAACGAACUGUUCAUCGCUCUAGGCGCCAGCCUCGCCAGCCGGGUGCCGCUGAGGAAAGACUCAUACAUACGCCAGACCGUCAAGAACUGGAACUGGUUCAAGCAGAGCGGCAUGAUCAACGACAAGGGCCUCAUCAACGACGGGCUGAAGAUAACGGACAAGGGCUGCGUCAACAACGGAAUGCAGACGUGGUCGUACAACCAGGGCGUGAUCUUGGGCGGCCUGGUGGAGUUGUCCAAGGUGACGGGCGACCAGUCUUUCCUGGCCGAAGCCGUCACCAUCGCGAAUGCGGCGCUCAAGGCGCUUCAGGAUGAAAAGGGUAUCAUCCGCGAGAUCGACCGGUGCGAACCCAACUGUGGCGAUGACGGGAGUCAGUUCAAGGGCAUCUUUGUGCGCAAUCUGGCCUACCUCCACAAGGUAGCGCCGCACGACAACUUCCGGGACGCCAUCCUCAAGAACGCCGACUCGAUCUGGGCCCACAACCGCAACUCCAAGAACCAGCUGGGCAUCAACUGGGCAGGGCCAGCCGAGGCAGGCAAGGGGCCGACGGCAGCAACACACAGCUCGGCUAUGGAUGUGCUGGUGGGUGCGUUGGCGGCGAUCAAGUAUUGA